UUACAACAGAAGCUACAUAUUUUUUAUCGUUAUAAAAGUAUAUUUCCAACGACGAGCUAUGGUUUUAUUAGGCGAAAUAUUUCCGGACUUUACAGCGGAGACGCAGUUAGGAACGAUUAAACUUCACGAAUGGCUGGGCGAUUCAUGGGGCAUCUUAUUCUCUCAUCCUAAUGAUUUCACACCGGUCUGCACAACGGAAUUGGCACGGGUUGCAAAACUAAUGCCCGAAUUUAAGAGAUUAGGAGUGAAAGUAAUCGCAUUGUCCUGCAAUUCUGUUGACUCCCAUCGUAAAUGGAUAAAGGAUAUAAAAAGCUAUGGCGAGAUAAUAGAUGAGGAAUUUCCAUAUCCAAUAAUAGAGGAUCAAACCAGGAAACUUACUACAUUAUUGGGAAUGUUGGAUCCCACAGAAAUGGAUAUUCAGACUGGAUUACCCAUGUCAGCGCGGGCUGUGUUUAUAAUUGAUCCAGCUAAGAAGAUGCGACUAUCAAUUUUAUAUCCAGCCACUACUGGUCGAAAUUUCGACGAAAUAAUAAGGGUAAUUGAAUCUCUUCAGCUUACAGAAAAAUACAAAGUAGCAACUCCUGUAGAUUGGAAGAAAGGAGACGAUGUGAUGAUUGAUCCGAGUGUAUCGGAUAGUGAAGCCAAAGCUUCUUACAAUGAUAUUAAAACUGUGAUGUUGCCUUCUGGCAGAACGUACCUGCGUAUUGUGCCACAACCUAUAGAUGCGUAAAAGAAAAAUCCCUAUAUAUUGUAAUGAAAUUCGACUAAAAUUCAAACUCUGCGUAAAUCAUUAUUUGUAUGAUGUAAAUGUUUCAUUUACGCUGUUUUAUGAGAUAAGAUAAACUAUUCAAUAUAUAUUUUUUUAUAAUUAUUAUAUAUUAAUGUUAUAUAUAAUAUUAUAUAUAAUAUUAUAUUAAUAAUUAUUCAUAUAUAUACUCUGUAUAUAUAUUUAGAUUUCGUCUAAAAAACUUCUUUUAAGAAUAUUAUUUUCUAAGAAGAGUUGUUCUUAAAAAACGUGACAAUAUUAUUUUUUACAUAUGAAAAGAAAUCAAUGUUUACAUCAUACACUGUGGAACAAUUAAGUGUCAAGACUUUCAUAUGAAAAAUUUAUUUUUGAUCGUACAAACCUUAGACAGUUAAAAAGUUUCAAUGUAGUCACCAUCUAACUCGACAUACUUAGUUCAACGUCUCCGCCAUUGCUCAAAGCAGCUCUGAUAAUCUUCUGAAGCAAGCCCUUUCAAAAUUUUAGUCACGUUUUUUUUUUAUGUCAUUUGUAUUUCCGAAACGUUACUCUAUGCAUAGCUGACUCUCUAUAGGCUUGUUGAAUCAUUUGUUUCUGUUAGCGAUUUCUCUAAUUUAACGCAGAAUUUAAUGUUUGCGCGUUGUCGAGCGUUCCUUCAAUUAUACCGAUUUUUAAACAAAAUUUUCUAACAACUUCGCGUAACUAUCUCAUUAACUAUUGAACUAAAUAAUAAUUUAAAACUUGCACCAUGUGUUGAGUAUUGAGUUGUGAAUAACUAAAAUGGCAGCACAAACGGAUCAAAUGUUUGGAAAUGUGAAGCAAGUCUCGAAACUUAAUUGUUCGACAGUGUAUAUUCUCUUCUACCAGCUUGGUAGACAUAACAAAUAGAUUUUAAUCCUUAAUAUUUGCAAACAACAAAAGAAGCUGUUUAUUAUUUCACCUAAUGUAAUUAAAAGUACACUGCGUUAUAUAUACA